ACCCAACUGCUGGUACCAUCUCUGCAGCGCUGCGCUACUAGCGACGGAGGAGGUAGCCGCAGAUGAGGGAUCCGCAGCCGGUGCUUCUGCUGGCCGAGUCCGGGCGGGUGGAGCAGCUGGAAAGCUUCCCUCAUUAUGUUGCUAGGCAGAUGGGGAUCGAGGACGUAAAUGAGUGUCCUAACCUGUGCAAGAUGGCACAUGAUUACCUGAGGAGAACCAAGGAGUGCGAGGACAAUUUAUUUGCCUUCUUUGCAAACGACCCAGACCAUGAAUCGCUGUAUGUGAAGCUUGUCGAGGAGCUGGACAAAUGCAUUCUUGGUUAUUUUGCUUUCCACUGGAAUCACACCACUCCCCUGAUCAAACAGGUAUUAAACGCUGAUAGCGAACAGAAAAUGAAACUCAAGAAUUUUGUUAUGGAGGCCACAAGGAAACUAAGAUUUGAAAGGGUAACAAAAGACCUGAAGGUCACAAGAGUCAUAUCGACAUUGGUGGAGGAGAUGAAGGCCAUUGGCAUUGGAACCCAUGAUGAAUCCCAGUGCACUGACGUGAUGGUUCCGGCAGCCAUUGCUGAUCGGAGCCCUGUUCUUCUUCUGAUGGGUGGUGGGAUGGGAGCUGGCAAGAGCACUGUGCUAAAGGAAAUACUAAAGGAAGCCUUCUGGUCUGGCGCUGCAGCAAACACAGUGGUGGUUGAAGCUGAUGCAUUCAAAGAGACGGAUGUCAUUUAUCGAGCUAUCAGCUCCAGAGGUCAUCAUGAUGACAUGCUCCAGACUGCUGAACUGGUCCAUCAGUCAUCGACAGAUGCAGCUUCCUCUCUACUCGUGACUGCGCUGAAUGAAGGUCGAGAUGUGAUCAUGGAUGGCACUCUCUCCUGGGAACCAUUUGUUCAGCAAACCAUAGCCAUGGCACGGAAUGUACAUCACCAGCAGUAUCGGAUGGGAGCUGGAUACAAGGUUGCUGAUGAUGGGACCAUCACAGAGAACUACUGGGAACCGGUGGAGGACAACCAAGAGAACAAUAAGUGCAGUACAAGGAAGCCUUACAGGAUAGAGAUGGUUGGAGUUGUUUGUGAUGCCUACCUAGCAGUAGUCCGAGGAAUCAGGAGAGCUAUAAUAAUGGGUAGAGCAGUUAGAGUGAAAUCCCAAUUGAAGUCUCACCAAAGGUUUGCUAAUGCCUUUCCAAGAUAUUGUCAACUUGUUGACAAUGCCAGGCUCUACUCAACCAACUCCAUGGGAUCUGCUAAGCUGAUAGGUUGGAAGGAUGGAAGCAGCAACCUAUUGGUAGACCCACAGGAGAUCAUCUGUCUGGAGAAGCUGAGCAAAGUAAAUGAGGAUGCUAAUUCAAUCUAUGAACUCUACCCACAGGAAGAUACUAGCUCCGGGUCUGGUUUCAUUUGGGAUGAUAUGGUGAUGUCACCAACAAGAGAAUCAAUCCAGCAAGAGCUUAAGGCAGCUAUUAAAAGGAUCGAAAGUCCUGCAUCAUGACGAAAACUGCCAGAAGUCACCACCUCCCCUGUCAACAACAUCGGAUAUAGAUCAUCAAUAUGAUUGAAGCAAGUUAUAAAAAUCAUACAGAUCAGUGUCAAAUCUCUAAUUAUCAGCCAGAGUUCUAUUGUGCAAAACUAUCUUCAGAUCCUUUACCAUAACAACCAAAUAACAAUAGUAAUGAACUGUCUCUAUCAAGGAAUAGUAGCUCUUCAUAUUUUGGCUUCGAAA